AUGGUGACAGACGAUCAGGCCAGCGCCACCGAAUCUGAUGCACAGUCACACCCGAAGUCUCGAUGUUUAGCAAAAGAGUCUAGGGAUGAAUUUCCGUCCUUUCUCAAGGGCAAAAGGCUCUUACUCGUCACAGAAUCCCUCGGCCCCGUCAAUGGCGUCAGUCGAACAACUCUCAUGUUGAUUGAGUAUCUGCGCAAAAAUGGCAUGCAAUUGGCUAUUGUUGCACCUCAUUCGAAACAAUCGAGGCUGAAACAGAGCGUGCAUGAUACGUCAGAGUUGCGCCUGCCAGGGUACCCACUGCCGUACAACCCAGAUCUGACCGUCGUCUAUCCCUUUCAGCUCGAGGACGUCUACAAGCAGACAUUCAGGCCAGAUAUUGUCUAUCUCGCCAGUCCAGCAUCCACGGGAUUUCAGUUCUUGUUGCAGAUUCGACAACUGCAAGAGCCGCCCGUUGUGUUGUUGAACUUCCAGACCGAUUUGUCGGCCUACAGCGAGAUCCUUUUCCCCGGUCCUGUCGCUCGUUUCUCCGUAUGGUUACUCGGAGUGGUCCAAGGUUUCCUUUUCAGUCAUCGCAGCGUACACACAAUCUUUUAUCCCUCAUCUGGUAUCCGUCGCUAUCUGCUCAAAGCCGGUGCACCCAGCAGCAGACUGGUCCAGCUCGGUCGUGGCGUCGACACCGAGCUGUUCAAUCCUUCACAACGGGAUGCGGCAUACCGAAAGGGACUUGCACCUAAUGGCGAGAUCAUUCUGGUGUGUGUAUGUCGGAUAGCACCCGAGAAGGGUUUCGACUUCCUGGCACAAGUUGCUCAAAAAUUGGCAAAGCAGUCAUUCCCUUUCAAAUUGCUCAUUGCUGGAGGCAACUUGAAUCCAGAGGUGGAGGAGGAUGUUCGCCGGCUUUUCGAUCCGGUUAAAGACCAUGUGGUCUUUACAGGCUUCCUGACUGGAGUGCCACUUGCACGCGCAUACGCAUCAGCCGAUCUCUUCCUGCACUGCUCUAUUACAGAGACAUUUGGUUUGGUGGUACUCGAAGCCAUGGCAAGUGGUGUGCCUGUGAUUGCUCGUGACGAAGGAGGUCCAUCUGACAUCAUCCGACAUGGAACGACGGGCUACCUGGUUCCUCCGCAAGACUUGGACACUUUCGUCGAUCUGGUACACCGCUUCUCGGACCAAAGGUCCCUGUCAAGCAUGGCGACAAAUGCGAGGCAAUACGCUUGCGACACCACCUGGGAUAAGAUCAAUAAGCGAGUGGCCUGGCAGCUCACCGAUGGCUUGCGAGAACAUCUCCGGUUGAAACGAAAGAAGCGCCCAAUCCGAAAUUGGUUAGCCAACAGAUAUUAUGGCUUCAAAUCUGGGGUUCUUCAGCCGAUGGUGGUGAGAUUCCGCUUGAACUUUGCCAUCUUUCUGGUAUACAUUGUAUGGAUGAUGGCCGCAGUCGUCCUGAUCCUCUAUGGCAACAAAGUCUUUUCGAGGCCCUGGCAUCUGUUGCGCAAUAUACCCGUCGUUUUCCAGGAAAACCAUCAUCAGACAUUCAAGCAAGGCUUUCGGGAAGCUUUCAAGCAGCUCACCACACCGCAGGGAUGA